AUGGCUCUUACUGACCCUGCCACAACUGGCGCUAUCAACUCUCGGCAUGCAUCAUCGCCUGUCAUACAAUCUUGCAAUUUUUGCACUGCUCUUGAAAAGCUCCUUGCGGACGAUGAAGUUGAAGUCAGGCUGGAAAAGGAUGAAAUAUGCGAACAGUCCUGCACAGCUCACGUGCCUUUGUUUCACUGGAUCGAGACAAAUUAUAGCGAGCAUCUCGAUCGUCUAGAAAAGGCUCGCAAGUACCAGAUCGUGGCUGAUAAGGGUUACGCCCUUGGUACAAUCUUUUUCUUCCGUGUAAGCGGCCGAACUCCUUGGCUCCGGGUAUAUAGCAGGAUGGGCAACAGAUAUGGGUCUUAUGAAGUCCUUCUCCAUUCAAAGAUCUCCCAAGAGGAGAAACGAUCCGACUACUCUUCCAGUGCGCUAGAUCCGGAUUGGGUUGACUUGGGCAUUGUGAAAGAGUGGAAGGAAAGGUGUUCCAAAGAACAUGGAUUAAAAUGUCAAAACCCCGAGGAGAAAGAUGUUUCUCCUGCAUGGCUUAUUGAUACCGAGGAUGACUGCUUGGUGUCAGGUACAGACAAUCACUCAUUUGUAGCCCUGAGCUAUAGAUGGGGUUCUUCAACAAAUCAAAAGAUAGACAAAGACACGUUUGAGCAACUAAAGUGUCCUGGCUCGUUAUCACGGAUCAAGAAGUUUGUCACAGCCACUGUUCGGGACGCGAUUCACACCGUUCGUGCGAUCGGUGAGCGCUACUUUUGGGUUGAUGCGAUAUGCAUAGCCCCAGACAAUAAGGAGGAGCUGGCCGAACAAUUGCAACUUAUGGGUGGUAUUUAUGCUUCUGCCAAGCUCACAAUUGUUGUGCUCGAUGGAGAUUCCAGUAAUGGUAUCAUGGGGCUCAAGUCUCAGUCAUCGCCGCGAAGUCUGGCUCACAUAUUUCCCUGGAAAGAUGGCAAAAGUGUCAUGGUACGACAAUUGCCUUCCUUGUCCGUGCAAAGUCAAGUGGUCUCCAAAUACUUCCAACGCGGGUGGACGUUUCAGGAGUAUACAUUAUCACAAAGACGACUUAUCUUUGGUGAUCAGCAGAUUCAUUGGCAAUGCUCAUGUGCAACCUGGCAUGAGGACCUCCCUGGGCUGGAAGACCCUACACACUCCCUUAAGUUUCCUAAUAUUAAACAGGGAUGGCCAGAUUUCAAAGAAUUCAACGUGCUCCUGAAUGAGUAUAAUAACCGACAGUUGACGUAUCCCGAAGAUGCAUUUCCAGCCGUCAAUGGUCUCCUCACCUAUCUCGAGAGCUUCUCGUUCGAGUGUGGGUUCCUUUUUGGUCUCCCCAGGGCGUUCUUUGACGCCGCUUUGAUGUGGUCCUACAAUAUCGAUCCAACUCGUAUCGAUGUCCGUACAAGACGCGGUAUCUAUCGACGGAAGCCAUCUGAGAGACGUCACUCAGUCCUCCCAAAUACACACCUACCCUCGUGGUCUUGGAUCGGUUGGCAAGGAGAUAGUAUCGGGAUGCUGGACACAGAAGCUCAAUUUAAGUGGUCUGACUGGACCCUCGAUUCGGGUAGUGGGCAAUUGGCCAGUUUGAUGCGGCCCUCAGUCAUCACAACGCCCAUCACGCAGUGGUACAACCAUGCAUCUCGUGAUGGAAGCGACAAGCAACAUAUACCGCGUUACCCAACAGUCUACAAUGAGUCCUCAGAGAUCUCAUAUGACACAGAAGUCUGGAGCGUGGAAGGUCCAAUGGAAUAUGGCUACAUACCAAGGGAAGCUGGGGGGAAGUACUCAUACAAACACCGCCAAAACUUGGACAUGGUCCCUUCAUCUCGUGCCGCACGAAGCGCGCCUGGUUUGGAGGUGUUCGGACGUAUGGCCACAGUCACCAAGUGUGGAUGA